AUGCAAACAAACCUUUCUCAGUCGUCGAGGGUUAGAUUUGCAGAGCAGUACAACGACGAGAUUGAAGAGUGCAGAGAGGAGAAGCAAAUAGAACAAAGUGAGGCCUCACGAGGAACGGAGUCCGAGUCGAUCGCAGCUACAUUUCGCAUCACUGUAGGAAGAGACACCGAGCCACUGACAGAUGACAAACCAGAGAAAUCCGAAAACAGCGCGUAUGGGAAGCUUUUACGCGCGCUUUGUGACAAUGCCCCGCUCUCUGAGUCUGGACACAGCGCAACCGAUCGUGAGUGUGUUUCAACUCUGAUCGGUGGGAUUAUUCCCGAGAUAGAAGGAAUGGUGUUCGUCAGAACUCUCGACGAAUUCUUAUCCCAGUUUUCGGUCAUUGGAGACGCGACUAAGAAGGUGGCUGCGUUAGCAUCAGAGAUGGAAUCUAAGCAAGUACUUAUCCCACCUAGCCCGCUGGAGCUGUUGCACAACAUGAAUGUCAAUUAUGAGGAAAAUAAGGUCUAUGUGAAGCCCUCCAAUCUCAUGGAAAAUUCAGUUAUCAACCAGUCAAUUUCUGUGCUCAACAAGUCUGGCCUUAUGGCCCCAAAAUCGUCGUCUUCUAAGGGAGAUCACGUGCCGAAAGUCAACUUCUUAGCCAGUGCAGAUCUUUCCUGUUACACUAAGAUUCUUGCGGACCUUGUCUCCAGGUACGGGUCUCAAACGGGAUACAAGCCCAUUCUUCCCCCGAGAAUGAAGGCUGAGGCCGUUGUGGAGAUGGCAGCCAUGAUAGAGAAGCUCAUUCCCCGCGAAGCCAUGGGGAUGACCCUCCUGGUCACCGAUGUUGAGAAGAUGUUCACUACCCUACGCAUAUUACCUCGAUAUGUUAAGCAAACAGAUAUCGCACCCCUCUUCAAGAAGGCCGUAGCAGUGCAGCAGAAGGUUCUUCUAGGCUAUCCCAUAUAUGCUCCAGAAAGCAAGAUGUUUGCUCUGUACAAGGCCCAAAACAUCUCUGAAGGAAGUGCCCGUAUGCGCACAGCAAUGAACAUCACUAGGAUAUGCUAUAUAGGCUUUGUGUACCUACUAUACUAUCUGGCCGAGGACAUAUUCAACCGUACGCACAAGCUGAGUAACCGUGCGGACAUUUUACAGGGGCAGCUAUCGGCCCCGGGGACCUAUGAUGUCCAUGAGGCAGCAGAACAGCUUAUGUCGAAGCAGCUGAAAGCGAAAAGAAAAGCAAUGGCCACUCAGUCAAAUGCACCUGACGAGCAAGACGGAGCCGCGAGCUUUUCGCACUCUAAUACUAGUGAGUUAACCAAGUCAUCUCGGUGCGACGUAGAAGACAUAGAACAUCCCUACGAGCGGUUCAGAGCCCCAGACAACAUUGUUGAGCUAGAGGUCUUUAGACCAGCGGCCUAUCUUUGGCGCUGCAUUUAUAUCUUCGCAAGUCUGCUGGACAGAGAGCUCUCCUCUCCAGAUAUUGGCUUUGGCCUGGCAAUACCUCGUCCUCGCUUGACUCCAAACCUCCGCGAAUAUCCAGAGUGCAUUCGCGUGAUGACCCGGCACGUUCCCAUCAUAAAGAAAGCAUACACCAACUACUGUCUCAACAGCCCUGUUCUCAGCUGCCAAGGUCUCUUACAGCUUUUAAAGUGUGCCAAGAUCAACCACAUCAUCACUUAUAAAUUUGCGUUUGAAGUGGUGAUGCGGAACUACUCCAAAAUUGACAAAGAGACAUAUAUCCCUGGCUUGACUAUAGAGGAGUUCCUGGUUGCCCUUUUUGUCUGUGCGAACUAUGCAUACUCUAAAGAGCCUAUUGUCCAGACUCUUCAGACUCCGGAAAUGCGCGUGGAGCACCUUAUCCUGCAACUCUCUGGGAAAAGCUAA